AUGUCACAAAGUUCCAGCUGGCAAGAACUAGUGGCGGAUAAGAAGCGUCGUCAAGAAGCAUCUGUUCCUCGAAAUUGGCUAGUCACUGUGCCUCCUGACACAGUCCUUGAUGUCACCGCAUUUCCCGAACAAUGUGGCCUUCUUUCUGAGAGGGAACUAGAGAUCACAAACACCAUUGAUGUUGGGGUACUAUUGCAGAAGCUUGCCGCUGCGGAGUGGUCUUCUGUUGAGGUCACUACGGCAUUCUACAAAAGAGCCAUUGUUGCUCAACAAUUGGUCAACUGCCUGACGGAAAUAUUCGUUGAGAAAGCUUUGGCGCGUGCAGCCGAGCUUGAUGAUUAUCUUAAAACUACGGGGAGCGUUGUCGGGCCGUUACAUGGUUUGCCUAUGUCGCUGAAAGACCAGAUCAAUCUUAAGGGUCUUGAGACCACAAUAGGCUACGCAUCUUGGGUUGGCAAGUACGCCGACAAAGAUGCCGUCCUUGCAGAGAUCCUGUAUGAAUGCGGUGCCGUCCCAUUUGUGAAAACAAACAUUCCUCAAACUUUGAUGUGGCCAGAGACAUACAACCUGAUCUUUGGCAGAACUCUUAAUCCUGCAAACCGUCUUCUGACCUGCGGAGGAUCAUCCGGUGGUGAAGGCGCGCUAAUCCACCUCAAAGGCAGCCCACUUGGUGUCGGGUCUGAUAUUGGAGGAUCCAUUCGUAUUCCUGCCAUUUUCAAUGGGUUAUAUGGUUUGCGGCCCUCGUACGGCCGUGUGCCUUAUGAAGGAUCCGCCAACUCGAUGUGCGGGCAAGACUCCAUCCCGUCUGCUCUCGGACCCUUGUCGAACAGCCUGAGCGGCAUCAAAGCAUUCAUGCAAGCCGUCAUCAGCCGUGAACCGUGGCUGAGAGAUCCCCUCGCGGUUCGCAAGAAGUGGGACGAUGAGGAAUAUGCACUUGCGGGGCACGGCAACGGCCAGGCUCUCUGCUUUGCUAUACUGUGGGACGACCGUAUUGUCAUUCCCCAUCCUCCCAUUAUUAGAGCUCUGGAGAUGACACGAGAUGCAUUGAUUGCGGCCGGUCAUAAAGUGAUUGACUGGAAACCUAUCAAACACUUGGAGUUGGGUGACGCCAUCUUUAGAAUAUGCAAGGCCGGUGCAUUGGAGGACUUAAUGGUUGCUACAGCAGCUUCCGGAGAACCGAUUCUCUCGUCAAUGAGCCUCACAGAGGAAGUGAUCGUUGAUACCUCUACUCGCCCUGAUCUAAUCGGCAUUUCCGCAUAUCAACUGUGGCAGAUCCAGAAUGCAAAAGCACAUCUUCGCAAAGAGUACCUCGAUCAUUGGGAGAGGACAGUGGAAGCAACAGGAACCGGGCGUCCUGUCGACGCUAUUAUUUCACCAGGAGCGCCUUUUGCAGCGCCCCCACAUGGGAAAAACGGAAAUCCCAACUACACCCAGGUUUUCAAUGUACUGAAUUAUGUUGCCUGCGCUUUCCCUGUCACGAAGGUUGAUCCGACGCUGGACGCGAAGAAGCCACCUCAUCAGUUCCUGAACGAAGCAGAUGAAGUCAACUACAAUCUCUAUGACCCUAUUACGUUCCAAAACGCACCCGUUGGUCUCCAACUCGUUGGUCGGACAUUGGAAGAAGAAGCCGUAAUCGCUAUGACCGAGAUAGUGGACUCGGCUCUUAAGGCAACAGCCAGUGCGUAA